GCGGCCACUUUCCCACGCCGACGAGCGAGGGUGAAAGGAACAGCCCGCCGAGAGGUCCUGGUGCCCGCCCGGAUUGCUCCUUCUUCUCAGCUCAGCCGCCGUCGGGUGCUGGUCCGGAUCUACCCCGCGGCUUUGUUCUCCAUUGAAGGCGGCGGCGGCACAGAGGGUCCCUUCCCCUACUCGGGGUUUUCCCGGCGACUCCAGUGCGGAGCUUUGUGUGCUCUUUCACCCGGUGUUGGGCCAGCCCAGCGCUCCUCGUCCAAGGCGCUUUUGGCCGUCUCCGGCUGUGGCAUAGGAGGAGAUCGCCGCCCGUUCAGAGGCAGGAUGUGGGGUUCGCCGGCGGUUGCGGCGUGGGGUCCAAAGGGACCGACCCGUUGACGCCGCGAAAUUUCGACGGCGGGGGUUUUUCCCCCUUGCUGCGUCUGGAGUGAAGGCUUGGUUCGGCCGGGUGCUUCUGGUGCGGUAGCCGUUGCACAGCGUGUCUUCAGGAUGGGUCGCUUUCAGCUCUGCCUUGUCUUCACACUCUUCCUCUGCAUAUCGGCCCUGGGAGCACCCGCUACCAAGGCCCUGACAGAAGCAAAGGACGAGAUCGUCCUGGUAGAAAUCCACCAGGACCUCCAGUCGGCCUCCGAAAGCCCGGUGGCGGUGGACCUGACUAAGACGGUCGUGAGCACCACGACCACCGUCAGCACCAGCAGCAGCAGCGCCGCGACGUCUUCGGCUCCGACGAGCACGAGGGCGCCCGCGUCGGGCUCUACGGUCUCGACGUCGGCGUCCGACAUAGUCGUGGUCAAGGACACCUCCAAGUCCAGGAAGGUCGAGACAGUGCCACUGAGCGAAGUGGAAAGCGACUCGAGCACGUUUCACCUCCUGGACGAGUUCAUGGAUUAUGGCGGACAGAACCUCACUUCCGGCGAGAACGGCUACAAGCUGGGCUAUACCGUAAACGAAGGGAAUUUAAAGAAGUUCAGGUACGAAGAGAGAACGCCAGAGGGCGCCAUUGUGGGAGAGUUCGGGUUCCACAAGAACGACGGAGUCAUCCGCGGAGUCCGGUACUCGGCGGAGCCCGGAGUUCAUCCCAAGGUGCUCUACGAGGCACUCGUCAAGUUCUUCACUCUGUGAAACCCUCGCGAGUGUAUUUGUGGGGCUAUGCCGACCUUGUGGAUUCCGGCGACAGGGAACGAAUGGAAUGGCACAGACGAAGCCAAUCUCAGUCUUCUUCGUAACGAUAGGAGGAACGAACCAGGAGAUUACGCAAAAACCGAAGGAAUGGACCCGAGUAACGAUGUUUAUGGGCAGAUGUUUUGUUGGCAGGUGAAAGCAACACUUCCAUGUUGUCCUGUUUGGAAUGUGUGAGUUCGCCAUAUGCAUAUAGGUGUAGCAAAAAGUGUCCUGUCACCGUGCACUGCUGCUCCUCUGUUCGUCUCUUUGCUGGGCAGGAUGAAGGAACAAUACUUCAUUUUUUUGCUGAAAGCAAACGAUGACGUACGCGAGGAAAUAGUUGCUUUGUUGGCACCUGUGUUUCACCUUGGCCUGUAAUAGACUGGGAUAAGUGAUCUCAAAGCAACAAUAAAAAGCUCGUAAUAACUCA